GGUUUGCAGUCGCUUCCGGGUGUACAAAGAUGGCGGCCAGCCGGAAGUUACUCUAGUAGAACAGCGUCCGGCGUGGGAGAAUUUUGCGCGGAUUCCCUUGUGGUCCAUUUACGUGUGUUACACAACUAAACUGUUGCCAUUUACAAGUCCAUGGCGGUGGCGUGACGCAGAACUCGGCAUUGCUGGUCCCGGUGUCAGACGCAAGGCGCCUAGAUCCUUCUUUACUGUCCUUUGAGCCAAUAUCAGAGGAUAAUGCCUGAGAUCAAACUGAAGCACGUGGUUUCCUGUAGCAGCGCCGAUACAACACACACAGCAGAGAACCUGCUGAAAGCCGACACAUACCGCAAAUGGAAAGCCGCCCGCCCUGGGGAGAAGCAGAUCUCCGUCAUUUUGCAGUUUGAAAAGGAGGAGCAGGUCCACAGCAUUGAUAUUGGCAAUGAAGGUUCUGCGUUUGUGGAAGUGCUGGUCGGACACUCCACUUCAAUCAGCGAGCAGGAAUAUGAGGUCCUCCUGGGAAUGUCAUCGUUCAUGUCUCCUAGCGAGAGCAAGAAUGAAAGCAACCUGAAUCGGCUGCGAAUGUUCGGACCAGACAAGCUCGUGAAAGGAGCAGCUGAAAAGAAAUGGGAUCGGGUGAAGAUUGUGUGCACCCAACCCUACACUAAGAACCUUGCUUAUGGUAUUUCAUUCAUACGUCUGAACUCCCCUCCAGAGGAUGGCUCGCCCACCGCUCCCUCACCGAAAGUGACCAAACUUGGGCAGUUUAUGGUAAAGGAAGAAGAGAACUCAUCUCCUUCUAUGCGUCCCGGGAGUCUGUUUUUCAGCCGCACCAGCAAGCCGCAGGUUACUCCUCCGAAAACUCCACCAGCCACACAAAGCUAUGCGUCUGCGACAUUACAGGGCACAGGAGAGGCCAGCUCCAGCACUGAAAAACAGACUGUUAAAACCCCACCAAGUAAUAACAUCCCAAAGGAACCGUCAUCUGGUAAACGGAAGUUUGAGUUCAGUAAAGAACCCUCAAGCCACUCGGCAGUCAAGAAACACGAAGUCAAUAAGUCCCCAUCUUCCGCCAAAGAGAGCACAUCACAGCCAGCACCCAAAAAGCCAAAAGUUGAAACACAGACUGUCCCUCCUACAAAGAAGCCUUCUCCAUCGGAGAAGCCUGCCCAGAAAAAGUCCUCACCGGCUCCUCAGCAAAUGGAACUGGGUCGCAUUCUGCAGGGCACAGUGUUUGUGCUAAGUGGCUUUCAGAAUCCCUUCCGAUCUGACCUCCGUGAUAAAGCAUUAGAGAUGGGAGCCAAGUACAGGCCAGAUUGGACCCCAGACAGUACUCAUCUCAUAUGUGCUUUUGCAAAUACCCCUAAAUUCAGCCAGGUGAAAUCAGCGGGGGGUAUCAUCGUGCGAAAGGAGUGGAUCCUGGACUGCUACAAGAAAAAGCAACGGCUGCCGUACAAGCAGUACCUGUUGGGUUCAGCUGAUUCCAGUAGUGAUGAAGAGGAUGAUAGUGAGGAAGAUGAACGCCCCAAAGCUCCACAUAAGCCGACUCCAGAUCCCAGCCGCACAAACCACAAAAGGCCUUCGCCGAGUCCAUCCAAGGUCAAAGUCAAGAAAACUCCAAUAAAAAGUGAAGACGAAGAAACAGAGGAUGAAAAUCCCAGAAUAGUUUCCUCAAAAGCAAACAACACACCUAAACAGGAGGAUGAAUACAACGCAAGCACUGAUGAGGAAGCCACAGGUAAGAGGCAACCCCAUCUGGAGGAUUCUGGGGAAGAUACAGAAGAAGAGCUAAGGAGGUUCCAUGAAGAGAAACAAGGCAAGAAGGCAGCUGCCAUUAAGGCUGAACCCGAGGAUCCAUACGCCGGCUCUACUGAUGAGAACACCGACGUGGAGGAGGAACCAGAGCCGGACCUUCCCAUCCCCGAACUGCCCGAUCUGUUCCUGGGGAAGAAGUUCUUUCUCUAUGGCGAGUUCCCUGCUGCUGAGCGCCGGAUGCUGCACAGAUACAUCACUGCUUUCAAUGGAGAGCUGGAGGAGUACAUGAAUGAAAAAGUCCAGUUUGUGAUCACCGCCCAGGAAUGGGAUGACCGUUUUGAAGAUGCUCUUAAUGAAAAUGCAAACGUGUCUUUUGUCCGGCCUCGUUGGAUCUACAACUGCAACGAGCGACAGAAGUGCAUUCCCCACCAGCCGUAUGUUGUGGUACCGCAGGAGUAAGAGCCAAUGAUAACCUGAGACAACAUAAGAGGCAACCUGCCACAUCAGACUGGGCAUUUUCAGGAUUUCCAAAUAAUGGGCUCACACCUGGCCUUCACCUGGGACUGGAUCUGGUGCGAUGUGCAGUGGCCCUGCUUGGUGUGUGUAUAUCAGACUGAUAUCAGACUAUACAGUGUUGUAUAUUUUGUAAACAGACCGGUUUCUUAGAUAUUUGUGGAUUUACUUUGGUCAAACAGUUUUUACAGAUGUGUUACUGUCUGCUCUGUACAGCGCCGCUUUUACAGAAAAAAGGGCAAAUGGCUUCAGCAACAAAUUAGCCAGAAAAGACCACCCAUUGUCAUUGACAGAAUAAAUGCUGGCAAAAUAAGUUUGCUACUUUAUGGAACGGGGGAGUCUGUAGUAAGUUUAGUUGACUAAGUAGCUUGAAAAAGAGAUUUUUUUUUUUCUUUUUUGCUGAACAAAUGCUGGGGGAAAAUGCAUUAUUUCCCCCGAUAAUUUCCCCCCCCAAUGCCAUACCAUUAUCACUACUUGGUGCUACUCUCAUCAUUUCUCACAUUUGUUUGAUUGGGGCUGUAGAGGUAAAGCUGGGUACUCUGAUAUGGGGUAGCCAUGUUGGUUUAGUGGGGAUCUCCUCCAGUCUCACAAGGUUACAUUUUGCUCUUCAAAAAGUGCUGGCAUUUAUUCCGCAUCUCUUCUCAUUGUGGGCAGCGAGAAUCGGCAUUCGUUACACAGACUCGUGGGACUGAUACCACAAGUAAGAUGGCAGGCAGGUGUGCCAUAGCCGCGCUGCAAUGGGAAGCAGCUUGGGACAAUUUCACAAGCUUUGGCGCCAAGCAAUAACCUGUGCCAUUACCAUUAACGAGCCCCAUCUCAAGACAUCGGUUAAGUAGUUUGGAUUCCUGACGUUUGGUUUCAGAUUCAGCGCAAAUGAAUUUUUUUAAGUAAAUAAAUUAAAAAACCAAACUUUUGUGGGAAACAGAAAUAAAUAUAUGUUCUGUCUUUACCAACAAAUGCGUGUAUUGUAUGAUCCCCCUUCCCAGCUACUCCUGAGCUCAGUGAACACGUCGGCUGUGCUUUGUCUACACAUUGACUUUUUGUUUUAUUUUUGAUCAGCCCUAAAUACAAUUUAUCUGAGCUAGAAAAUUG